CAACAACCAUCGUCAGUGACGCCAUUUCCAGAGGAUGAAUCUGUGAGUGACGAUUAAUUACUGCGUUUUGGAUGUCAACAAGCAUUAUCAGUGACACGAUCUUCUGGAGGCCAAAUUUGUGGAUGGCGAGUGAUUAGAAACAUUAAGUCUUUGCACAAAUAAUUCUUAGAAGGUUUUACCUUCACGAAGAAGAAAAGCAUCAUAAAUACCCAUGAAUCCUUGUCGUCUAAAGUUAUGAUUAAGAUCGAGUUCUAUCGAAUAUUUAUGAGACUAUAACAUAUAGAGUAACCCAAAAACGACAUCUUUGAGUGACCGUUCACCGAUGCAGCACGCGAUGCUUGCCAUCAUCGUCUCGACGCUAACCAUCAUCACCCAGAUGGCGCUGUCGCACGUCAUCAGGACACACGUCGUGUCCAAAAUCAGCCACGACCUCGUCAGGAGUGCCAUCCUCGAGCUCGUCGCAUCUGCCGAGAUGUGUGGCACCUGUUUUGAGCUCAUCAUCAUUGCUGACAACUACGGCGUAGGAGCAUACGCUCUGUAUCUCUUCCUCAUGACGGUGUGGUGGGGCCAGUCCUGGGGUGCGGCCACAGCCUGUCCCUACAGCCUGCUGGAGGAGUACGUCGAGACCGGCUCUGAUCCUAAGGAGGUUGUGACGAAGAUUGUGGCCCAGGUCAUCGGUGGCAUUGCUUCAUUCAGGUGGGUGAAGCGGCUGUGGGUGAUGGAGCUGGCGGUGACACACGUAGGCCGCGGGGUGGACGUGUGUUCAGCAGACCUGCAGGUGCCGGUGCUGUACGGGUUCCUCAUCGAGAUGGUCCUCACCUGCGCCUGCAGGCUCGUGUCCAGAGGUCUGGGGGAGCUCGAGCCAAAGUACGCCUCCUACAUCGACUCCUUCUUCGCCACCUCCAUGGUUGUCCUCGGACACUCCUCAUGA